ACAGCAGUUCGGUUGCGCAGGAUUAGCAACAUGGACGGCCACAUCAUGACAACCAACGAACCACCCUAUCAAGACUCUCCGUCCUCUUCCCCAAGUCCUUCACCGCAACGCACACCUCCAAGCCGAGCUUCCACCGCAAAGCCUUCCCUCCCCCCAACAAAUCCCACCACCAAUCCACAGCAAUUCGAACCCUACCGCGACGACCCCUCCGACACACCCACCGAACAAAUAAACACCCUCACAACAUCCCCACCACGCCGCCCAACAAUAUCUAUCCCAACACAACCGAACCCUUCACCCUUCCCUUCCCCAUACACCGACGCCACUCCCACACACGCCAACGACGUCCCACUCGCGCAUCUCUACACAUACCCGCCAGAAGCACCGCCGUCCUACGAUGUCGUGGUCCGCGAGUCCUUCCGCGAGACGCUGGUCCCCCACUUACCACGAGGUUCCGUGAAUACGACAAGUAGCGAGAAUGCGGAUGUGGAUGAGGAGGCGGGCGUGGAGAUUGCGAGGGUCGAUGAUGUGAGGUUUACGGUCGAACGUAUUGUGGCGGCUGUGAUUGUGUCGAUGGCAUUGGUCGUUAUUGCGGCGCUGUUGGCGCUGUUUGCGGUUUUGGGCGUGCAGGGACGGAGAUAA